GGGACCGGGGCAGAGGACGGGCGGCCCUGCUGCGCCUGCUCAUUCUGCUCGCGGCUGCUUCCUCUGCCGGAGCUGUCCAGGAGCCCACGUCGGGUUUAGCAGUGGAGGCUUGGCGCCUGCGAGGCACUUGAGGGGUUCCACUGCACCUGGGCCUUCGAGCUCCUCCUGGAAGUGAAGUCCUGGCAUCCUGAACACACCCAGCAGCCUUGAGCAGGGAAUUUUGGAGCAAUUGCUGAUAGGCAUGGCGCUUGGGUUCCUGGGGGAAACGUGCCAGUCAACCCUGGCUGAGUCUCAGCAGUGUUCAGGAGAAUCCUUGGAGAAGAAGGAAGAGAACAGAGACAUGAAGAGGAAGAGAGAGCAGCCAAGAGGUCUCAGUGCCUGGGACCACCCUCACGGCCUGGUUGGUUUACACAACAUUGGACAGACCUGUUGCCUUAAUUCCUUGAUUCAGGUGUUCAUAAUGAACACAGACUUCACGAAGAUAUUGAAGAGGAUGACAGUGCCAAAGGUCUCAGAAGAGCAAAAGAGAAGUGUCCCCUUCCAGCUGCUGUUGCUGCUGGAGAAGAUGCGGGACAGCCGGCAGAAGGCGGUGUGCCCCACGGAGCUGGCCUACUGCCUCCAGAAGAACAAUGUGCCACUUUUUGUCCAGCAUGAUGCUGCUCAACUGUACCUUAUAGUCUGGAACCUAAUCAAGGACCAAAUCACUGAUAAGGACUUGGCAGAGAGGCUGCAGGACUUGUACACUAUCUGGGUGAAAGAUACCUUGGUUUGCCUAGACUGCACCGUGGAAAGCAGCAGAGACAGUAGCUUGCUGACCCUCCCUCUUUCUCUUUUUGACAUGGACUCAAAACCCCUUAGAACAUUGGAAGACGCCCUGCGCCAUUUCUUCCACCCCAGGGAGUUAUGCAACAAAAGCAAAUUCUUCUGUCAGAACUGUGGGAGGAAGACACAAGGGACACAGGCCUUGAAGCUGACCCGUUUGCCCCAAACUUUGACCAUCCAUUUCAUGAGAUUCUCCAUCAAAAAUUCAAGGGCAGAAAAGGUCUGCCAUUCAUUGUAUUUCCCUGAGAGCCUGGAUUUCAGUCAGGUUCUUCCAAGUGAGCAGGACAUCAGUGAAGCAGAGGAACAGGAUGAAGGGCAGUAUGAACUCUUUGCUGUGAUUGCCCACAGUGGGAUGGCUGACUUCGGUCAUUACUGUGCCUAUGUCCGGAAUCCUGUGGAUGGAAAAUGGUUCUGCUUCAAUGACUCCCAUGUUAGUUGGGUGUCCUGGAAAGACAUCCAGUGCACCUAUGGAAAUCACAGCUACCGCUGGCAGGAAACUGCAUACCUUCUGGUUUACAUGAAGACCAAGUCCUGAUGGAUACACCCUAAACCUUCAGAAACUGACAAACUAUUAUUUUCCUUUUCUAUCUCCUGGAUCAGGUAGACUCUGCUAAGAGAUUUGGCAAUGAGAAGAAGCAUAAUUUUCAAGUAUAUCAGUAUAUAAGUGUAUAAUUUGUAUAUCAGUAUCUAAGUGUAUAAUUUGCAAGUGUAUCGAGUGAUCACUACUGUGGUUUGUGUGGGAGCAGUGCAGGAGGCAUGGCAGUGUGAGGUGGUGGGAGCUUUAACAAACAAAGCCUAGUGGGAAGCAGUUAGGUCCAUGGGCUCUCCCCAUCCACACACUGAUUGUGCCCUUUCCAUUUCUCCAUCACACUUGAUGCAGCCAGGAGGGCCCUUGCCAAGAUGCCAGCACCCGUGCUGGUGGGACCCGUCAGCCACUAGAAUUAUGAACCAAAUAAACCUCUUUACUUUACAAAGUA